AUGCCCGGCUCCACUCCGACCACCUCCACCUCCGCCACCCCCGCCUCCGCCUCCACCGCCCCCGCCUCCACCUCCACCGCCGCCACCUCCGCCACCUCCGCUACCACCGCCACCGCCGCCGCCACUCCCGCCUCCACUGCUGCCACUAGCACCCCCACCCCCGCUACCACCUCCACCGCCACCCCCACUCCCUCCGCCGCCUCCACCUCCACCGCCACCGCCCCCACUGGCCCCACCCGCUCCCUUGCCCCCCUUGCCCUUGCUAGAGCGGCGUCUCCUGCUAGGGGCAGACGCCGCACCGACCGACUCAAGACCAACGAGGAGGGCCUUCUCUAG